CUCCACUUUAAGACAGGGCACUCACACAUGAGAGGAACAAAAUGUGACAUAUCCCAGCAUAGCCAAGUCAAGACAAGUCACUUUUACUGGAACUGAAUGGAGCCCUGCUAGGUGUCUGCCUCGGGAGGGAAGGAGAGAAGGACGGCAGGCUUCAUAUCGGAACGCGGCCCGAAACAGACGCGGAACUGCGCCGCUGGUCCGCUGUUCCUCCCGGCCACCGGACACUGAACCCCUCCGGAGAGAGACCAUCAUGUCGUUUCUGUCUUAUAUUCUACCGAUUAUCAAGAUUUACCUCGUCGGCUUGAAGGUGCUGCUGGUCCAGAUGUUCAGCAGAGCUUUCAGGCUGCCAGCGAUGCCCAGACAGGAUGGCAGGGUUGCCAUAGUGACAGGGGGAGCCAGGGGAAUCGGCUAUGAGGUGGUCCGCCACAUGGCCGGCUUGGGGGCACGUGUUAUCAUAGGAGGAAGGGACGAGCAAGAGGGUCUGACAGCGGUCAGAAGGAUCCGUGAAGAGUACAGAGAGGCCAAAGUGGAGUUUGAACAGCUGGACCUCGCCUCGCUGCAGUCCGUGCGCCGAUUCGUCCAGAGGUUCAAGGGGCGGGGCCUGCCGCUAAACAUCCUGAUCAAUAAUGCGGGUGUUAUGUUGGUUCCCGAGGGCCGUACUGAAGAUGGGUUUGAGCAGCACCUGGGGGUCAACUACUUAGGCCACCUCCUGUUGACGUGGCUGCUCCUGGACACACUGAAGGAUUGUGGGAAACGUAGUUCCUGCUCCCGCGUGGUCAACGUCUCCUCGUCCGCGCACCGUGCCGGCCGGAUCCGACUAGACGACCUGAAUGGCAGCCGGUGUUACUCGGCCCACGGCGCCUACUGUCAGAGCAAGCUGGCCCUGCUGCUGUUCUCCUCCCGGCUGCACGACGAGCUGCAGGACGGAGGCUUCGCCGUGACCUCCUGCGCCGUGGACCCCGGCAUGGUGGACACGGCUCUGUACCGACACUUGUGGUCGCCGCUCCGCCUGGCACAGAGCGCCGUCGCCCGCCUGCUGUUCAGGACUCCUGUAGAGGGCGCUGCCACCGUGCUCUACACCGCCCUCUCGCCCGCCUUGGAGGGGGAGAGGGGCGGCGGCUACUGGUCCAACGGGCGCCGAGAGCCGACCUCCCCGCCGACCUUUGACCCCGCCCUGCAGCUGGGCCUGAGGGAGGCCAGCCGCCGCCUGCUGGGCCUGCAGUAGCCCCGCCUCCGCCCGACCUCCCCCUCGCGCCCUUUUACCUCCAUCCACGUCCCAACAACAACAACAACAACAGCCAUUCACGUUGAUGACCUCACAUCCGCCGCCAGCUUGUGAUUGGCUGAUUCGGAGUGAAGACCCGCCCCUUUUUCUCUCUUUCCCUCUCUCUCUCUCGUUGUUUCAGAGACGCCGUCGAAGGGCUACAGGGGAGAGAAGACUUUUAUUUUCCUCACUGUGAGCAGGCGCGCACACACACACACACACACACACACACACACAGUAAAUUUCGACCUAUAUUUCAGUUCACCACUUUGCCGAUUGGCUUUUUAUUACAAAUCAAUCAGAAGCUGGUAUGACUUUAUUGUCAUUUUACCGUCAGUUGCCCACCUGAAAGACCCUCCUGAUGAUCUGAGGUGUCUCUAAAUCCAGAGGCUUUCACACCCCGACAUGAGCACAACUCUGCAGUAAAAUCCUGAAUCUGCCUCAUAUUUUGGCCACGAAUUCGCUGACGCUCGACUGAAAUGGAGAUUCUGCCCGAGAUUAAUAUCUGACACCGAGAAUCUGAGAGUAACGUGUCAGGAAUCGAGGGAAACGUGUGUUAAUGGCACACAAACGCCUGUAUUUCUCACAGAUAUCAGUUGUUUUGUCCCGUGACCCCAAACUGGUUUCAAACUCGUCGUCAGCGUCGGCGUUUAGAAAGUCGAAUAUUUUCAUCCUCGAUCUGAACGUUUUAAAGUCCCUGUGAAACGACUCCGCCGUGACCUCCACUUCCUGUGAACCAGAGCGUCUCGAGUCGUGACAUCAUCCUGCAUUAGUGGCUGUAAAUUCAGAUUUUACCCACAAAUCCUCUCAUCCACCUCACCCCCUUCCCUUCAAAAUAAAACCUGAGAUCCUGCUGGUUUGCACUGAUUCAACAGGAACUAAUUAAGAAAGUAAAAGUCCAUUUCAUGGGGUCUUUAAACAUUAUUGGCUUCCUGUAGCUUCAAUCGGCAAACGUCAGUAUCGGUGUCGGCGUGAAAAAAUGCUAAUCGGUCUAACAUAUUCAAACACACACACACACACACACACACACACACACAUUCAUACACACUGAUAUUGACCUGGUCUCUUGGAUUUGAAAACCAAGAAAUGUCAUCGGCGUGCAUCGUGGAGGCAGAGCUGUCUCGGUGUGACGUUGGGAGCGCUUGAUUUUUACCCGACGGCCGCUCCACGCCGCUCUUGUUUGCUGAAUCGCAGCGAGGGAAGCAUCCGCCGCUGCUCCGGGUUUUGCACCGACGCCCCUGCUGCUGCAGACUUUCACAGACAAAACUGAGGGGUUUCAGCUUAACAGCUUAACAAAAAACAAACAAAAACAAAAAAACAAACAGGAAGUUGCUCCGUGUGCAAGCCGCCCCCAGAAUUGGAAUAAUCUCCCGUCCGGACCCUGCAGCCAUCAGGCGCUCCGAGUUUCCUCCAGCCAGGAUUUCCGGACAUUUUUUUCCUGUUCUCCGUUGUUGUGGUCGAUCCCGUUUCCCCCUCUGUGCUCUGUGCUCAUCUUUUUACUGUGUCUCUGGUACAUGUAUGCGGGUGUGUGUGUGUGUAUGAGUGCAUGUGUGUGUGUGUGUUUUAUGCACAUGAAUUAAGAAUGGACUCGGUUCCUGUUGAAGGAGAGCACAACACCGCUCGAGGAGACGGAAACAGAAAAAAAGAGAAAGAGCUCAAGUGGGUGUUUAUUUUUCUUUCUUUCUUUUUUUUUUUUUUUUCGAUUUUCAAGCGCUCUCUAUUGCUGCUGCUGCUGCUGCUGCUGCUGCUGCUGCUGCUUUCUCAUUUGGCCCCGCUCCCAGUGCAUUGUGGGAUUGCGAUUUCCCCAGUGGUGAGAAUCAAACUCCAUCUGCUGAAUUAACACGCACACACAUGCACAUACACACACCAGAAAACAGUACAUCCAGGCACAGGCUUAUCUAAACAAGCACACGGCAAACAAACACUUCUGUCUCUCAUGUGGGAAAAUACUCACACACACACACACAUGCACACACACACACACACACACACAUUGCACCAUAAUGCCAUCUCCACUGUGAUUAAACCAUUUUUGCUGUGAAGAUGAGAAGUUCUACACUAACAUCAGUUCUGGACAGGAAUCCUGCGUUCCCUCGCCCGUCACUGCCGUCUGGGUGUAGUUUGGGGUAUUUUGGACGCUCAGCAUACUUUAAUACGAUAAUUAUCUACCGUAUGUGAAGCAAUAGUAUCACUGUGGUUGCUCGUGCAGCCGGUAGCACAGAGCCAGACGCUGAAGAUGGACGCACAGCCGUGCAGGUGUGAUAAUCUCACGCUCCCGCCGCUCUGUGAUAAGGUUUACAUGGUGGACGACUUUCUCUUUUCCCUUUUUUUUUUUUUUUUUUUUUGUCCCUUUAGCCGGGCGAUGCGACUCACGCUUGUAUAUAUUUCCUCAGAAACCGUGGAGGAUCCUGCCACUUUGCAAACAGGUUUGUUGGUGCUAGAGGGCAGCGAGAGUAACUCUGACCCCCCCCCCGAAUGAAUGAAUGAAAACACUGUCAGCCUCGGGGUUCUCAAAGCUCCCGUGUGGUGGGACUUCAGUUUUUUCCUCCGGUUAUCCAUGCACGGUCAAAAGUGUUGGAAGACAUGAAGAUUUUAUUGUAUUUAUUUUUUUAAGAGUGGGUAAAUUUAAAGUUAUUGCACUUUGAAAAAUCCCCCCCCCCUUUCUGUUCCAGGCACUUUCAGACAAACGCUGCAUUUAUGUGGUGUUGGAUUUAUCAAGUAUGCUCACCUAUGUUGACCGUCCCAUUUGGAGAAACUCUAGAUUCAACACGACCAAACACAGAUGCAAAUUUAACAGUAAAGCUUGAAAUAAAACACAAGCAAAUUUAAGAGAUAUGGAUGUUCCCAUCAUGCAACGGCAUUCAAUUUCCCGUGCUACUUACAUUAAUAUCCUGUGAAGCAGCUAAACAGCACUUGCUAAGGUAUCGCUGGCUCCAUUGAAAACAUUUAAAGGUGCACUAUGUGAUUCUGUGACGCUGUAACACCACCUAGUGGCUAAUGUCGUCCAUGUCUGCAUACAGACUCAAGCAGUCAGGCGCUAAGAGCUAAACAGUGUUUUACUCAUCAUAGUUUGAGGCAAUAUUUUUAUAUCACAACAACAACAAGUUAGUGGGUAUUUCACCCAAAACAAAGAGCUCAAGAUCUCUGCAGUCACUGAGGUCACACGGGAUUGAUAAAUAUUGAUCAGUAACACUUGCAAACCCUGGCCAAUAUUAUGUGUGUGAUGUAUCAGAGGCUGCAGUUUCAGGACCGCAGGACACCAGUCUUCAGUAACCUCUUGGUUAAAUUUGGGCAUAAACCUCCCCUGGUUAAGGUCGUGGAAAGGUGAUGUUUAGGCACCAAAAAUCUGGAAAAAGGACACAGUCUCAGUCACAUACAAAAUGAUCCUGCAACAAUCCUAGAAAUGCGUCCUUUACCUGCACAUUUGAGCAAGUAAAAGUACAUUACAUUAACAUUAACACUGGGAUUUUUUCAAACCCUAAAUACGUGGCCGUGAACUGCUCUGACGAAAGAGGGAGAAACACCCAAAUACACCCGAUAAAUCUGACACCACGUGAAUGCGGGGUCACACCUGGAAAUGCAUCACAAUUGGCUCCCAUCAUUGAAGAAUUACUGAAAUCCGGAGAGUUUAGCAGCAUUGUCACUGCAGGGGGAGUUGACCAGUCAGUGUCUAGCAUAAUGAGGGCGUCAUCUGCAUAUUGACUCAGUUUGCACAGCGACAUCAAACCCAUGAAAACUGUAAAAUAUGGGCAAAUAAACGCAAAGAAGACGCCACACAUUCCCUUCAAUCUCACGGUUUGGUCUGCCGCUUGAGAUAUCCGGGAAUUUACUCGACAUGCUGCCGCAUUCCUGACGUUUUCCGUAUGUAUUCUGGUUCUCAGUGCCGUGCGACGACGUAUUGGGGAAAAAAAAAAAAAAAAAAACUUUGUUUACCGCCUCAGUGUUUCCUCAUUUCCCUGAGGCUGCUGUGAGGCUCUGAACAGCAAACAGACCUGAACCUGAAGCCCGACGCCUCCCAUCACACGGAUGAAAACACCAGCUCGUUAUUUACAAGGCUUCAUCCUAUUAAAGAGCUCCAGUGUUUGUUUUGUUUCUCCACCGCCGAAGCGCUCGAUGUGUUGAGAUGGGACGUGGGUGGGGUGGGUGGGAGAAACAUCGUCGACUCUCCGCCCGAUCGGAGUUCAAGGUCUUCCAGCAUCGAGUUUGGAGGAGUGUGUUGAGGGUGUGUGUGUGUGUGUGUGUGUGUGUCGCUGUUCCCGGUGUGUUGACACGCUGGAGAGGAGCUGCUGAAUUAUCGAUGGGGUCUCUUUACAUAUUUAUCGAGCUCCUGAAGCGCUCCAAAACAGACCGGGGCCACAUGUUGAACUGCAGGUGUAGAAAAAAAAAAAAAAAAAAAAAAAAAAAAAAAAAGAACAGAAAAACAGCUCCAGUAGCCGUCUGUGAUUUUUGUCUGUUCAUGUGAUUUACUCGUAUCUGAUCAUUUUCGAAAGCGUUUUUUCGCCGCUGGAGCCGCGCCGUAGAUGGGAAACGCUGUUAAUAGCCCUUCUUCCUGACCAAGCUGGGAUUGCAUUUAUAUUAAAUGUUCCAGUCCCAAGUUCUGCAAAUCCUAAAUGUCUAUAUGUAUAGGAAGAGAGAGUACCUUACAAUGUGAAAGAGAUGUAUACGCAGACGCAGGCGGGGAGGGCAGGCGGGCGGAGUCUUUACUGCCGUGCAGAGAAAACGCUGAGAGCAUGAAGCCAUUUCCUGGCAAAAUGUUUUAGUCUAGAAAAUGACACCAAAUUUUCAAGACACAACUCCAGGUGAACAUAUCGGCUAUGAAACACUCUCCUUGAAGACAUGUCCAAUAAAUUAAGGGAUUCCUGUCGUGAUAUGGCUGUUGAUUUGGUUGGAUUUUUGUAACGUGACCUUUAUUUAACCAGGAAAAUCUCACUGAGAUUAAAAAAAAUUAAAAGAUUUUACAAUUCUUUCCUGGUCAACACAGGCAGCAGCACAGAUAACAAGAGCAUGCAGUUUGUAAAACUUUAAUUGUAGAUAAGAAAGAAUGAGAUUCCAUGUAAGUCUGUGUUAAAAUUCAACUUGUAAUUUCAUCAUGUGACUGGAAGAUAAUGUUUGAUUGACUAAAUGUGCAGCCCAAAGAGCUUCAUAUUGCAAGAUAAUAAAUAACACACAACACUCAUCAAUAAAAAAAAAUUAUACUUGACUACAAAUGACAACAAAAAAACUAUAAAAUGAUUUAAGAAAGUAAGAGUCAGUAAAAUAAAUAUGUAAACCAGUGAUUAAACUGAAAAACUAAGGCUGGAAUAUUACUCCAAAAUAAAAAGUAUAACAUUGCAUUGAAGAUAUCUUGAAUUCAAAUUUCUCCCUGUAAAAAAAUGUCAUUGCAUUUAUGUUCAGCUGGAGUUUUUACUGGUUUUGGUUGUGGUUUGUAAAGUUGGUGGCAUUUCAGGUUAAUUUCCCUCCUCUUCCUCGGUGUGAAGAUGUGAAGAUGUGAAGAUGUGAAGCGCCUCGACCUCGCCGUAAACACUCGGCCCGCCUCCUCCUCCCCUCUGAGGAUUUACAAAAUGUGCAAAAUGUUUUAUUUUUAUCAUUAUUUCGUUGCUGUUGAGAAACUCAUCUUAUUGCUUUUUGCCGUGCCUCAGAAAAUCUCCCUCAUGUGUGUAACUGUGGAUUUUUUCAUGUAGAGAAGAAUAACUUGUAGAUACUGUGGUACUGUCUUGUCCUGUGCAUUGCUGUCGGUUUUUUCUCUCUUUGGAGUGAUGAGGGUGUGUGUGUGUGUGAGGCGUAUGCAUGUGUGGGCGUCUGUGUGUGUGUGUGUGUGUGCGUGCAUGCGCGUGUGUGUAGAUAAGGUCAGAGUUCAUGUCCAUGUUUUUGUCGAUGGUUGUGACAUUCCAGCAGCAGCCGCCACCUUUUCUAUUAUCCAAAGCCUCUCAAUAAACAUAUCAUCGUGCCA